CCCCAGGGAAUGUCUCAUGAUACAAACAAGAAAAUGUUGGAUCGCGAAGCUGUACGUUCGGUUAUACAACAAUGGAAUGCAAAUCGUUUGGACUUGUUUGCCCUAUCCGAGCCAGAUGAGAAUUUACUCUUCCAUGGUGUGAUGCGUUUUUACUUUCAAGAUGCCGGUCAAAAGGUUGCCACCAAAUGCAUACGUGUUGCAUCAGAUGCCACCGUUAUAGAUGUUAUAGAUACUCUUAUUGAAAAAUUCCGUCCUGACAUGCGUAUGCUGUCUGUACCCAAUUAUGCUCUGUACGAAGUACAUGCCAAUGGUGAAGAGAGACGACUAAAUCCCGAUGAGAAGCCACUGUUAGUGCAACUAAAUUGGCAUAUCGAUGAUCGGGAGGGAAGAUUUCUGCUGAAAAACAUAGAUCAAAAGACGACGCCAAUUGAACAAAAUGACAUCAAUUUCAAAAGAAAACUAUCAAAACGUGAGAAAAAGGAACAAAAGAAAAAGGAGAAAUUAGCUAAAUUGAAUACGGAUGGCAGUAAUAUAACCACAAAUAGUCAAACAAAUGGUCUCAACGGAUCGAAUGGUAAUGAUUCGGGUGAAACGCAAGUAGCGGGUAAAUUAUAUACUGAAUUACCCGAAACAUCAUUUACCCGUUCGAUAUCAAAUCCUGAAGCUGUUAUGCGUCGUCGUCGCCAGCAGAAGCUUGAAAAGAAAUUACAACAAUUUCGUUCAAGAGAUGGUGGACCCGAUACGGGUGGAACGCUAAAAAUAUAUGGUGAAAGUUUGUGUCAAGAUGUGCCUUAUAAAACUCUGCUAUUGUCGAUACGUGAUUGUGCUCAAGCUGUCGUUCGAGAAAUGUUAACAAAAUAUGGUUUGGAUAAAGCAGAUCCAUUACAUUAUUGUUUAGUGCAGGUUAAUAGUGAUGGCUCGGAAUAUAUACUCGAUGAUGAUGAAUGUCCUUUAUCAAUAUUAAUGAAUCAUCCAACAUCAAGAGGUUCCAUAAUGUUCCAUGUAAGAAGACGUCCGGCAGAUUCACAGCCAAGAAGACGUAAGAAGAAACCCUUGGGUGCAGCCAAUGGAGCCAAUAAUAUUUCACAGGAUCGCGAGGGACCAAUGUUGGUCGAGGUUACCCACAGUGGUGAUGGAGGUCGACGCAUUAAGCUGGGAAGUGAUCCCAUUGAGGUCGGUUCGGCUAAUACCAAUUGCCUGCAACUAUUUGGUCCCUCAAUACAGGCACGACACUGUCUCAUAUCAUUGGUGGAAGGUGUUUGUACUGUGACACCAUUACACGCUGAUGCUUUGACAUUUGUGAAUGGACAUCACAUAUCACAGCCGACAAUAUUACAUAACGGUUCCGUGGUAAUGUUCGGUCGCGUGGCCUCAUAUCGGUUUGUGGACUCACCCACAGAUGGCCGCUACAAUUUGGCCUUGUCACAGUCACAAUUGGAUUCGGCCUGUCUCUAUGAAAGCCGUUCACCAGCAUCGCCAGGAUCAUGGAAUGAUGAGGAUGGGGCGCUAAGUUCGACUCACAAAAGCGAUUAUGAUCCCCACAAUCCCAAUGCUGGAGAUCACACUGAAAUUGAUGGCAAAUUGAGAUCAUCCACAAAUGGUAGUUCCGAUAACACAAAUCCCAGUGGAAAUGGAAAUUUUUCCGGUGGCGGCGGAGGAGGAGGUGGUGGUGGUGACACCCAGAGUUUAGAAGGUAAUCUGGAAAAUGAAACGAAAUCAAUAUCCAGUUUGAAAUCCGGUGGUUCCAAUAGUCAAGAAAGAUCUCCCAAAAUGCCGUUGUCAUCAACGUCAGCAGCUGCCCACAUUGAGCCACAAGGCCAGGAGCCAAUAUUGCCGGCCGUUUUAGAAUUUCCUGAAACCCAUCAGGAGUUUUUUCUAAGACACAUCAUAACCGAAUUGGAUGUUAAUGCCCCGCAUUUUAAAUUAGCACCCGUUUAUUCUUUGUAUUUAUGUGCCAGAUAUCGUGCUUCAACACAUUACCGUCCAGAGCUCCAGCCGACAGAACGUGCCCAUAAAUUAACAAUAUUUUUGCAUCAUGUCGCUAAUCUUAUUUACAAUGUUGUACAAGAACAAUAUACCGAUCCACGUAUACUGGCCUUUUGGAUGGCAAAUUCAUCAGAAUUUUUACAUUUUCUCAAAUCGGAUCGUCACAUAAGUGCAUUUUCGGUACAGGCACAAGAGGUGUUGGCCGAAAGUGUGCAGACAGCGUUUCGUAAUUUGGUAAACUGUUUUAGAGUUGAGCUAUCGCAGACCCUAAAUCAAUUUCUAUCGGAGACAAUAGAUCAUGAUUCUGCCGCUGGUUUAGUAUUAACCGUUUUAGGUUCUGCCAUGGCUCUGCUGAGAAGAUGCCGUGUAAAUGCUGCCUUGACAAUACAAUUAUUUUCCCAACUAUUUCAUUAUAUCAAUGUGAUUUGUUUCAAUACGAUUGUUGCCAAUUCUCAUAUGUGCACUGCCGAAUGGGGCAAAGUGAUGACCGAACGUUUACAACUACUUGAAUUGUGGGCUGAACGUCAGGGCUUGGAGUUGGCUGCCGAUUGCCAUUUGGCCAAAAUCAACCAGUGUGCCCAAUUCUUACAGGCCCCCAAAACAUCUGUAGAAGAAAUUCAACAAUUGGCAUGCUCUUGUUUCCGUUUGAAUUCAUUGCAAAUGGCUGCUUUAUUACAACAAGAGAAAAUUCCUCGAAAUUUGGUCGAUACAGCCAUACGUAUGGCUGAAUCUGUAGCCGAUGAAUUGACCCGAGCUGAUGGUCGAGAAGUUCGUCUAGAAGAAUCGCCAGAAUUACAUUUGGCAUUACUGUUGCCCGACGAUGGGUUCAGUUGUGAUGUAGUGCGUGGCAUACCUUCAGGCUUGGUGGAUUUUUUAAAUCCUCUCCAGCAACAGGGAAUGUGUCGAUUGGCUGCUCAACCCACAUCAAUAGGAUUGUGGACCGUGUAUAUGCACCAAUUUAAUGCCCGUUCUUCAAGCGCCAUGUCCAACAAACUUCCUCAGCCCGAGGUGCAAGUUAUUAAAUUGCAUAAAAAUUCGAAUGGCAUGGGUCUAUCUAUCGUAGCUGCCAAAGGUGCCGGACAAGAUCGUUUGGGUAUUUAUAUAAAGAGUGUAGUUCCUGGUGGAGCUGCCGAUGCUGAUGGUCGGUUACAGGCUGGAGAUCAGCUUUUGCGUGUGGAUGGACAAAGUUUAAUAGGCAUUACACAAGAAAGAGCUGCUGAUUAUUUAGUGCGUACAGGUCCCGUGGUUACUUUGGAUGUUGCCAAACAAGGAGCUAUUUAUCAUGGUUUAGCAACCCUACUACAACAACCCAGUCCGGUUAUUCAACGGGGUAAUCGUCGCAUGUCUGAACGUGACCUAACACGUAUGGGUGCUGAUGGUAAAAAUGUUGGUGGUCCUCUCAUAGCAAAUAAUCAUUUAGCCAAUAGUAAAUCAGUACCAGCAUUACAUCAUCACAUGGGCAGUGGUACUAUAUCCAUGGCAAAUUCGAAAUCACGCAGUACUCAUAGUUUGGCCAAUCCUGCAACAAAUUUAAAUAAUACCUUAAAUAACAAUGCCAACAAUAAUAACAACAACGAACAAGGCUUUUAUCAAAAUUUGAGCGUUUAUCGCAAUCAAAAUCAAUCACAACCGAUUUUAAGUGAAAGACCCCCCAUGCCAUCACAUUCCGCAAUGAACGCAUACAAUGGAAAUUCCCAACAAAACACACAAAAUCCAAUACUCUCGCCAACAAAUGGUACAGGCCCAACUGGAAAUCAACAUCAAAAUCCAUACCAACAACAACAGCAGCAGCCACCACAACAUCACCAAAAUUCUCAACAUCCAAUGAUAACAUCUCCACAUUCAUCUAAUAUGUUGCCCAGUCGCCCACAAUCGGCCUACUAUCAACAGCAACAACAGCCACCACAACAUCAACAUUUGACACAACAACAAUUUGCACAACAUGCUCAUAACUUCAGUGCUAGUACCACCAACUUGUCGACCAUGCAACAUCAAACCCAGCAACAACAACAACAUUCACAGCAUCCCAUGCAUCAUAUGACACCACAGCAGCAGCAACUAUAUCGUGAACAACAACAGCAACAGAGUAUGACAUUGGGAAAUCGCUCAAAGAGUACCCAGAAUUUCCAACGUGACAUGCAAACACAACAAAGUUUACGUAUGCAACAGAUGAUGGCACCAUCCAUGCCCAACAUUAGCAAUAUGUACCAACAACAGCAUCAGCAGCAGCAACAACAACAAUCGCACCCUGGCAAUCAUAGUAAUAUGUCCAUGGCAGCGAGUCAAAGCAUGCAAAAUGUUUCAUCUAUGGGCGGCGAUACGUUAGAUCAAAACAAUGGCGGUUAUAUGUCGCAGGCACAACAUUCACCUGCUGGUGGGGCACAAACCCUUAGAAGAAAUAUGCGUCCCGACUAUAUGGAUGGAGGAGCUCAACACUCACCGAAUAUGACACAAAUGCAACAACAACAACAACAGCAAGGCAACUUCAUGACACUACCCCCCAAGCCAGGUCAACAACAGCAACAAUUAACUCCACCAAAACAACAACAGCCGCCCACAGCACCAAAACCACAACAAAAUCGUUUAUCGGGCACACAACAGCAAUUUCCGCCUCAGUCUUAUUUGGGUCAGACUCUGUAUUCACAGCAACAACAGCAGCAGCAACAACAACCACAAACCGCUGAGGAAAAACCUCCUCUACCACCAACCACCACGCAUCCUCUUUACAAGGCCACUCAACAAAUCACACCAGGCAUGAACUACAUUGCCAGUACCUUGGAUCCACCUAAAGGCGGUUAUGUACCAGUUUCCGCUUCGGCAUUACAACAAAAUAAGAACAUGUUGGGAACAAAUCCUUGGGAACGUGAGGAACGCGAAAAGGAGGUAGAAAUGCGCCGCGAACACAUACGUCAAUGGCGUGAACAGCAAAUCAAUGAACUGUCAUCGAUUGCCCAACGUACACCCCAACAGGACGAACAACUUAAGACUCUCAUACUCGAAAGAGACUUUGAGCGCAGAGCUCAAGAGAUGGAGGAGCAGGAGGACGAAAGUGAACCAUCCUAUGAGAAAGAAAAUGUCCAAGAAGUUUUCCGUUUGAAUCAUCAACAAAACGUCAUUCAAACGCCAGUGACCAAUUUCCGUCAAACUGAAGUAAAAAUCGCUUCUGUGGUAUCGGAUCAACGUAGCAAUAAUUCCAAUGAAACAUCACCCAUGUCAUCUGCACGCAACUCAGCAGCUGAACCUGUACAACCACCACCCAUACCAGUCAAUCCCCCACCCAGCACAAUUCCCACAACCAUUGUGACAGGCACAACCACAGUCCAGCCCAAAUCUAUUUUGAAGAAUAAUCGUUAUGAUGGUUCGAGCACAGCACCUUCAUCGCCAUCUAAAUCACAAAAAUCUGCAUCCUUUGCCGAUGAAAAACAUAUACAAACAGAACAUCCCAUUUCGUCAUUGGCUCGUGAUAUAUCCCACAUGUCAAUCGCAAACUCCUCAACCUCAUCGUCGACCACAACUGCGACAACAACAACUAGUUCAUACGAUAACAAUAUGAAUAUGGAGAAUUCAUCGGCACCGCCACCACCUCCUCCCGAACGUAAUAGUUCAUAUUUGAUUAUGUCACAACAAAAACAACGUAGCUCUUCUAUUGGUCUUCUGAAAACGGCUACCAUUAAUUCAGCGGAUAUGCAAAAGAAAUCCUCGGCUGCUAGCAUAUUACUAAACAAUAAUAACAACAAUAUACAAAAUAAUUUAAUUUCUUCACAACAGUCGUCGCCAUCCUCGUCGACAAUGGAUAUGUACAGUGCAACAUCAUCAUCGAGUCCAUCGUCGAUUUUGAUGCGCGACAAUAAACGUGUUUCGUUCCAUGAUGAAGAAAAUAAUUAUGUUGUUGGUGGUAGUGGUUCAACAGCAGCAUACCAUCAAAUGGAAUACAAUAGCAAUAGUGUGGAUAUGUCGAUGGUGUCGAGUAAUGGAGCUUCUGGGGAUUUGAACACAAUUCGUGAGGAUAGUAGUUUUCUACCACAAAAUGUCGAUACAUCCAUGUUGCCAUCAAUGCCUGCCACACCUGAUGCUGCUGCAUGGAAUACCACAGUACAAUCUACUCCCGGCGUCAUAGGGGCUCAAGAAGUCUACAGAGAUCCACGUACACGUCGCUUGGCAGAAAAACAACAACAGCAACAACAACGCAAUACCGAAGCAGUACCCGAAAAACUUUCCUUUAAGGAGAAAAUGAAAAUGUUUGCAUUGGAAUCGGGUGAAGAUAAUACACCAAAAGAUAAAUUAAAAAUUUCAAGGGCACAAAGAGACAUUGAUGCUGUGCAUUGA